AUGCGGGUGCCAUGCUCGUCCAUUUCGUCUCUCUCCGACACGAACAACACCAUCACUCUGGCGACUCUCAACGAACCUACGAUGACCCUGGCACCAAUGCCUGUCUGGAACAUGGAUCGCUCCUCUCCUGUCAAGAUUCUCUCCCGCAAACCGGGUCUUACCCAAGCACACUCUACACGAUUAAGUCCCAGCACGUCCCUUGUCUUAAGCUCGGAAGUGCAAUUUAAUGCCGAUGUUGUCAACAUGGACUACUUUGUACCCAUUGGAACGAGGCCAGGAGCGUCGACUUUUGCAUUGAUCCGGAGGCACAAGGAGAUAUACGCCUUUGGCAACGAUAAUGGAUUUCGAUACACGCAUCUGAUCAAGGCGGUCAAUGUUACAGAUCCCGUGCGCAGCAACCCAAAUCCACCGUCUCUACCACAGCCUACGCCGGAGUCGUCGUCGUC